AUGGAAAAGGCGUUCAAAAGGAUUUUUAAUAAAGGAGUGUAUUUGGAUGGUCCAGAAAUGUCCACGACAGCGAAGCUAUCCAAAUCCAUUUUAUCACAACUCUCUUCGGUCAAUAUUACAUUCGGCAAACGAAAGCAAAGAAGGUUGAAACACAGGCAAAUUAAGAUGUCAAUAGAGGUGAUCUCUCUUCUUCACGGUCACUACUAUCACGUACCUGCAGAAAGAACAUCGCGGCUCCUCUCUCCUUGCACUUACAGUGUCGAUGCCAAUACCAGAGACAAAGACCACCUCGUAACACCAAUGAGGAGAAGGCCGACAGCAUCUAAACUGGUAAUGCUGCCACUAGUACCCAGACCAAAUACAAAAUCAUCACCAUUAACAACAAUAACAGCAGCAGCAGCAGCCGCAGGUGUGCCACCGCCUCCACUUGAUCUGACUGAAGAAAAUGUUAAGCAGGUCUUGGUUGAUGCUCGAGCUGAGGCAAGAAGCCUGAAAAUGGUAGGAUGUGUGUUUUUGCAGUUUGGACAGAUUUUUGACACCUCAGUAGGCAUAACAGGACAAGUUGAACUUGCUGAAUUGGAUGGACCAUUUGUGAAGAUUAGUCUCAAAGGGCGAUUUUGGCAUGAACGUUCCAUGGUUCUUGCAAGAAUGGGCAACUACUUGAAGCAGAGAAUCCCUGAAAUUUUGGAGGUAGAUAUUGAAGAUGAAAAACAACUGGACGACAGCCCAGCAAAUUUCUGA